GCUACCGGGAGCGGCACGUGAGCGCUCAGCCUCACCGGCGGGCCCGACCCGGGAGACGGGAUGCACCGUGGGGAGGCAGCCGGUGGCCCUCAGCUGCCCGGAGGCAGGGCACAGUCCUGCGCCGGCCGUGGAAGGCGCUCGGCGCCCGCUGCCCCGGCUGGGGCCCCCCGCUGCAGCGCGUCGCUCCCCACCCGCCCCGGAGGGGAGCCAAGGCAGCCGGCGAGCGCAGGCGGCGCCCCGGGCCGCGGACACUCCGCGCGCGCGCGCUCCACCCCCCCCUCCCCCGGGGGCUGGAGAGCCGUCCCCAGGCACGCGCCUGCGCUGCCUCCGCCCCCUCCUCCGGGCCCCUCCUCUCUCCGCGCGGUGGCGCUCUCCGGCUUUGUCAGCCCUGCCCCGGCGGGCCGGCGAGGGAGCAGCCGGGGCGGGAGCCGCUGCCAUCCGCGCGUACCGCCCGGCGAGCCGGCUGCAAGCCAGGGCGCUCCCGCCGGCGGGGUAGCCUCAGGCAGGGACGCGGCGAGCCCGAGCUCGGACGCUCUCCUGCCCCGGCGGUCGGGAGCCCGGCCGCUUCCAGCCCUUGGCGCGCGGAGAGCGCGACGCCGGCUGCGCCCGGCAAGCCAAGAGCCGGGCGGUCCCCGAGCCGCUGCCCUCAGCCGGCAGAGGGGCUGGGAAGCCGCUGCCCUCAGCAGGCAGCAAGGGCGGGGAGCCCACGGCGAGCAAGUUGGGGUGCAGAGCAGGAGGGGAGCCCUGCCCUCUCCCGGGAGGAGUCCGGCAGGCAGAAGAUGCCGUGCAUGGCAGCGAAGAAGAGGAGGUUUUGUGGUCCCGGCUGCUUGGUGUUUCCCGGGCGCUCUUGCUUCCCCUCCUGGAUUUGCUGCUGGGCUCUCCUCUGCUGUCCAGCGGCGCGGACUGGGGAUGCUGGUGAGACUUCCUCCCGCGUGCAGCUGCCUCAGUGUCAGGAGACAGAUUACCACUAUGAAUACACAGAAUGUGACAGCAGUGGAUCCAGGUGGAGGGUGGCUGUCCCAAAUCCGUCAGCGGAGUGCUCUGGAUUACCUGACCCCAUGAAAGGAAAAGAAUGCACUUUUUCAUGUGCUUCUGGUGAAUACCUAGAAAUGAAAAAUCAAGUGUGCAGUAAAUGUGCCGAGGGGACAUAUUCCUUGGGCAGUGGGAUCAAGUUUGAUGAAUGGGAUGACCUGCCAGCAGGAUUCUCCAAUGUGGCAACUUUCAUGGACACUGCUGUCAAAUCAGCUGAGAAUAAAGCAGAGAGCUGUGACAACUCUUCGUGGACUCCUCAUGGGAAUUACAUAGAGUCCAACAGAGAUGACUGCACUGUUUCUCUAAUCUAUGCUGUACAUCUGAAGAAAUCUGGUUCUGUCUUCUUUGAAUACCAGUAUAUUGACAACAACAUCUUCUUUGAAUUUUUUAUUCAAAAUGAUCAGUGCAAAGAGAUGGACUCCACGGCUGACAAAUGGGUGAAAUUAACAGACAAUGGCCAAUGGGGCUUUCAUUCUGUAUCUUUGAAAUCAGGGACGAAUAUAUUAUAUUGGAGAACAACAGGGAUUCUUAUGGGUUCUAAAGUGGUGAAACCUGUUCUGGUGAAAAGCAUCACAAUUGAAGGAGUUGCGUAUACAUCUGAAUGCUUUCCAUGCAAACCUGGUACAUUCAGUGAUAAGCCAGGGUCUUCCAAUUGCCUGGUGUGUCCCAGAAAUACCUACUCAGAGAAAGGAGCUAAGGAAUGUACCAACUGUAGUGAAGAAACACAUUAUGCAGAUGAAGGAUCCAGUCAAUGUACAGAGCGUCCUCCUUGUACAAAUAAAGACUUUUUCCAGAUCCAUACACUGUGUGAUAAGGAAGGAAAGACUCAGAUAAUGUACAAAUGGAUAGAGCCUAAAAUCUGCAGGGAGGAUCUUCCUGAAGCAUUGAAAUUGCCUCCUUCUGGAGAGAAGAAGGAUUGUCCACCAUGCAACCCUGGGUUUUACAACAACGGAUCAUCUUCCUGUGCUCCUUGCCCUCAGGGCAUGAUUUCGGAUGGAACAAAAGAAUGCAAGGCCUGCCCAGCUGGGACUGAACCAGUUCUCGGGCUUGAAUAUAAAUGGUGGAACGUUCUGCCGGUCAAUAUGAAGUCUUCUUGUUUUAAUGUUGGCAAUUCAAAGUGUGAUGGAAUGAACGGCUGGGAGGUGGCUGGUGAUCACAUCCAGAGUGGGGCAGGGGGCUCUGACAAUGAUUAUCUUAUCCUGAACCUGCAUAUCCCAGGAUUUAAACCUCCAACAUCGGUGACAGGGGCAACCGGGUCAGAACUAGGACGAAUUACUUUUAUUUUUGAGACCAUCUGUUCAGCAGAUUGCGUGAUAUAUUUUAUGGUGGAUGUUAAUAGAAAAAACACGAAUGUGGUGGAAUCCUGGGGCAGGACGAAGGAGAAACAAUCUUACACUCACAUUAUCUCCAAAAAUGCUUCCUUCACAUUUACAUGGGCCUUUCAGAGGACAAACCGGGGCCAAGAUAGCAGGCAAUUCAUUCACGACGUGGCAAAGAUCUACUCGAUAACGGUGACCAAUGUGUUGGAUGGAGUUGCCUCGUCUUGCCAGGCCUGCGCACUGGGGUCUGAACAGUCUGGGUCAUCCUGCGUGCCCUGUCCUGCUGGACACUACAUUGAGAAGGAAACCAACCAAUGCAAGGAGUGCCCAGACAACACAUAUCUGUCUAUACAUCAGGUGUACGGCAAAGAGGCUUGUAUCCCAUGUGGGCCUGGCAGUAAAAGCAACAAGGACCAUUCCACCUGCUUCAGUGACUGCAUGCUCUCUUACCUCAGGGACAACCAGAGCCUGAAUUAUGACUUUACCAACCUCAGUGGAGUAGGGUCAUUAAUGAAUGGACCCAGCUUUACAUCCAAAGGGACAAAGUUCUUUCAUUUCUUUAACAUCAGCCUGUGUGGGAAUGAGGGAAAGAAAAUGGCAAUUUGCACAGACAAUAUAACAGAUGUCACAGUAAAGGACAUGGUAGCUGAAUCAGAAGACUAUUCAAGCUUGGUGGGAACUUUUGUGUGCCAGUCUACGAUCAUCCCAUCAGACAGUAAGGGGUUCAGAACAGCACUGGCUCUGCAGUCCAACAGCCUUGCUGAUACAUUCUUAGGAGCUACGGUUGAAACCACAUUGGGAAAUAUUAACAUUGAAACAGAAAUGUUUCCAUCUUCUCCAAGGACAAUACCUGAUGUGAAUUUCUUUUUCAAGUCUUCUGCACUUACAACCCCCUGUGAAAAUGGACGUGCAACUGUUGUGGUGAUGAGGUGUAAUCCCACCAAACCAGGCCAAGGCGCUAUUUCAGUCCCCAGCGCAUGCCCCGUUGGCACCUGUGAUGGAUGCACCUUCUACUUCAUGUGGGAAAGUGCAGAAGCCUGCCCUUUGUGCACAGAGCAUGACUACCAUGAGAUUGAGGGAGCUUGUAAAAAGGGAUUUCAGGAAACCUUGUAUGUCUGGAAUGAGCCAAAGCAAUGCAUGAAGGGGAUUGCCUUGCCUGAGAAAAAGGUUAGCACCUGUGAAACCAUGGACUUUUGGUUAAAAGUUGGAGCAGGUGUUGGUGCAUUCACAGCUGUUCUGCUCAUAGCCUUAACCUGCUACUUUUGGAAGAAAAAUCAGAAGUUGGAGUAUAAAUAUUCCAAAUUAGUGAUGACAGCUAACUCAAAAGAGUGUGAGCUUCCAGCUGCUGACAGCUGUGCUAUAAUGGAAGGAGAAGACAACGAAGAGGAAAUAGUAUAUUCAAAUAAACAGUCAUUGCUGGGAAAGCUCAAGUCAUUGGCAACAAAGGAAAAACAAGAUUGUUUUGAGUCUGUUCAACUGAAAUCUUCAAGAUCACAAAAUAUAUGAGGAUUAAAUGCUACCUUCAAAGAAACAAACCAGAUUUCUAUUUUUACAGGACCACAUUUUAAACAUAUUCCUGCAGACAGCAGAAUAAUGAUUGCAGUGAGAAAUGCUGAGCCAUUUAAGAAAAAAGAGGGUGGAAAUCAAAACAAAAGAUUGGAUUGCCUUAUUCUGUGGUCAAGUACCUUGCCAAAAACAAGAAGCAGACUGCUUGGAUUCCAAACUAGGAAUGAAGCUUAACUCAGGAAGAGAUAUACAUACUGCAACUGACAUCAGUUUUGUAUUCACCUGUGCAUUGCUCAGGCAUGCUGUGUGAUUUAUUGGUACCUUUCAGUGCAUAAUCACGUUGUCCAUAUGCAUUGUAAGAACUGAUUUUCUGGGAGAUUUGAAACUUUCUGCAAAGGUUCUGUACUGUCCUUUUUGUAGCCUAACUUCUAGUCUCUCUUAAAAUCAAAAUGGGGAAUGGUACUUGAAACAGAAUCAUGGAUGAAUUUUGAUCCUUGGAUAAAAUAAUGCUUGUAGGGUUAAGGGCUGGAUGUCCUGCAACAGCCUUCAGUGAGGCAGGGCCAAUUUUGCACCCACAGAUCAAACCCACUUAGAUGCCAAUGUGAUGACCAUCUGGGUUGGCUUGAACUUGGCACUCCUGAAUUUAAGACUAUAUCUAUACCUACAGCUAAGGGUGUGAUUUCCAGCUUGUGUCAACAUUCUCGAAUCUGUUGUUAUCAAUUUAGCACGCUAAGGAUAGUAGUGUAGCCAUGGUAGCAUAGGCAGCGGCCACAUGGGCAAGUUGUGCUGAGUAUGUACCCACAGGGUUCCGGUGGAUUUGUACUCAGGGUGGCUAGCCCAUGCCACCGCUUGGCACUGCCCGUGCUACUGUGGCUACACUACUGUCUUUAGUGUACUAGUUUGAGAAGUAGGCGAGCUGAGAGUCACGCCCCCAGCUCCAAGUGUAAAAUACCCUAAAUGAGUGUGCUGCCAUUGCCUGAGUUGAAGGAUCAGAUCCGUCCAUUUAGAAGCAGCAGGAGCACUCAUAAAUCUUUUUACAUGGUCUAGACACUAGAUGGGGGCAAAGAUUCAUAAUGUGAAUUAUGCUUUCUCCCUGCCUGGCGAAGCUUGUCCUGAGCAUCGGAGGUUGACAGCAGUUUGAGUUGUCAUUUAUAUCAGAACCCCCUGGGAUCAGCAUCUAUAGGGAUUGAAUCCUGGACCUUUUCAGAGCGGGGGGGAACCACGAGCUUCUCGUGUCUAAGCUAACCAAACCAAUUUGCAGUUGAGAGGCAGUAUCAGACUCUUUAGCCUGUAUGUGGUCUAAAAAGGGGCAAGGGACCCCCCCUGCAGGUAUUAAUGUGGGUUACACCAUCAUGUAUCUUAGCAUACAAAUGGGUUCUACUGUCGAUGUAAGUUAUUGUACAUUUAAAGGAGGGCACAAAAAGGUGCUUUGAAUAUUGAAGGCUGGCCUGAGAUUCUUUUUCAGGGCCUAAAAAUCUCUGACUUUAGCAACCAUGUUAAAAGUAUGUGAUCUUCCUAAUAUCCAGUCUAUGAAAAACUGUAAUGUCCUGAAAUUCCAGGGAAAGUUGAACUGAAAAUAAUCUGCUAAAAUGUGAGUAUAAAAUUGUUGAUGAAAAUUAUGAAGGAAAGAGUUGUGUAAAGCUAGGAAGAAAUGAGGCUCCAAUCUUGUCACUCUAAUCAGACCUAUAUCUGCAUCACAAUAAAAUGUCUGAAUUGUGAAAUGCAUAUAAACUUUUGGAAAAAGUUUUCCAAAGUUUUCCAAACACAGGCAAAAAUGGUGUUUUUACUAUAAAGAAUAUAUAGAUCUGGGCUUUUGUAUGAUUCAGUUGCAUCAACCAGUCUGAGAAGAGUCCACUUCUAAAUUAAAUUAAAUCUAGGAUGAAAACUGAAUAUUUUAUUAUACUAUGAGAUGUGGAAGGAGAUUUUAUGAAGAUUAGAGCUUCUUUUUCUUGUUUAGAGAAAUUUAUUUCAAUUAUUUUAUAUAUCCAGUUACAGAAACUGAGGUCUGUUCUUCUGAUUGGAGUUACUUUGGGCAUCUCAUCGGGGGUCGUGUACAUUUCUUUUUGUUGUUCUUGAAACCGCAUUUCAUUUUCCAGAAAGAAGGGAUUUUUGUGAGGUAUUGAACCAUUUUUUUGUUUUUGAAUGUGUAUUAAACACAAGUUUCUUUUUUUGUAUAUUUUGUACUGUUGCCCAUUUAUUAUCUUACAUUGUAUUUAUCGUCAUCCUAUCGUUUGCACGUAGUCAGCAAUGGUGACAUGCUCCUUUAGCAAAUGCCAAUUGGGAUUUUGAGAUGUGUUCUUUGCUGAUCUUUUAUGAAGAGGAUUUUUUUUUAUGUCAUUGAAUUUUAUUUCGAUAGCGUGUUGUAGUGUCAAAGAUUUUCAGUUGAUCAGCAUUUGUGCAGUGAAGUGAAAAUAUAUUUGAACUGCGAAUUUACAAUCUUUGAAAGAACUGUAGUAUGCAUUACAUUUGGCAGUGUUCUUCAGUGAUGGGUGGAGCCAUGGAGCAUUCCACCUUGCACAGAAUUACGUCUGUCACCACUGUUUUCAUCUAUUGCUCUUAUCUGCACCCGUUUCCCAAGCCAUAGAGAUAUAAGUAGUAUUACUUUCUAGGAACAUCUUUUUUUCUUCUGCCACUGGAGUCAUAUCCCUGACACAUUAAAAUGCCUUAAAUUUUAACAAACUACCUUUCAGUUUUAUUAAUACAAAGAAGGAGUUUGUUUAUUUCCCAACCCCCCAAUGACUUUUUCAAAUUAGAUAUAAAAUAGCAUUUUUUGUCAGCUCCUGCAGCCUUUGGUAUAUGACGCUUCUUAUAUGGGUUCCAAAUGAUCUGUCAUAUUAUUAUAAGAAAUUCUUCUGGGCACCCUGAAGGUACACCUGGCUGAGCACUAUGAGAAGCAGAAACCAACUAAGCCUAUAGAAUUGAUGUAAGGCUAGUGUAAAGUAUUGUAAUGGAAUUUUGCAGCCAUAAAUAAGUUUGUUCUGAUACCUUUUAGCUGAGUUUUGGCGGUUUCUCUUUUUCUUUCCCUAAAGAUAGGCAAAAAGGCUGUUUCAUGUUCCCACAAAAGGCACAGUUUUGAAGUCUUGAAGCAUUUCAUUAAGCAAACUGUUGCCUGUGACAUCCAGUAUUCUGCCAAAAUGUACUCACAACAACCAUCCCAUCAGCAACGUUUUGUAUUAAUUUGUUAUUUAAGGCCAUAAACAAAUGCAAAGUGCUCUGUUAUGUGUUCAGUUGAUUAAAGGGAUACAUUUUUAUCACUGCAGUUGCCUGCUUUUCUUUUAAAUCUGGAUCCAAGCAAUUGAAUCUUUUCAUGGGUUAAACACAUUUAAGUGGCCUCGCUGUAUAAAUUAUUGGCAAAGUAAGUAUGGAUCUGAUUGCGUCUGCUCUGGCGCUGUUUUCUCAAAAAAACAAAAGCAUGCAGAGAAUUUAUCUGCAGUCAGCUUUGCUAAGUAUACUGGGCCACAUCCAAAGCUGGUGCAAAUUGGGGUAGCGCCACUGAACUCAAUGGAACUUCUCUGAUUUACACCAGUAGAGGAUUUGGCCCCAAAGGUUAAGUCAGAAUUUGACCUCCCCACCUUGGUUCUCACUACUUUUGUUGUUGUUUGUAGUGUAUUAUAUGAUUGAUUUGGAGUCCAAGCCUAGGAAAAAUUAGAUCUUUCAAGGCCAUAACUAGCAGCCAUUGGGUAGUUGUAGGCAGUUGUUAGCCCUUCUAAUAAAAGGAGGAGGUUCUAUUGUUUACUGUUUAAAAGGAGACUCUGAGAUUGGGGGCUUGUCAAGGAGUGUGUGGGAAUUUUUGGUUUUCCUGUCCCAAGGGUGGGAUGGCCGGAAGGAUAGCAACAGACGUUGCCAUACAGGAGCCAUCUCCGUGUCCAACAAGGGCCAGUAUCACCAGAUCCUUCAGACUAAGAUGUAAAACUCCCACAAUAGAUGAAGUUGCUUCUGAAUCCCUGACUGUUCGUUUUUGGUUUAUGUCCUGAAGCAUGAGGGGGAAAUUGCUCUUAAACUGUUGUGUCCCUGUAGUGUGACUGAACGGUUUCAUGAAAUGUCUAAUCCUACCAAGCCCAUUGCCUCAAUGAUAUCACAAGGCAGUGAGUAUCACUUCAUUCUGGGGGUUUAACCUCUUACAGUUUUCUCUUUAUUCGUAACCAUUGGCCAGUGUGUCCUCCUUAAUGUAUUCCUUCAACAAACAAGGAAAUCGUGGUCCUUUUGAGAAGUAAGUGUGUAGGUCGGAGCAGAAGAAAUCAGAGUCUUAUUUGAUGGCUCGUGUGAUUGCUGCAGCUCCUCCUGGAAUAUGCUGGGUCGGUGAUGUGGUAAGGUGGGAUCACCAGUGACCUCACCGGCCUGCUAUUGGUUAAACAGCAGAGAUGGGGAGGGGCUGCAGUGAAGAUCACAAGCUUCUGCUGUGGUUUGUGCAUACCUCCAAGUGUUGAAGUUGAAACUGACAAAGGAAUAAACUGCAGAAUUGUGUGUACUGCCAUAGGAAGACAUUUUGGAUCAGACUCAUGGUCCAUUAAAAAGGACUCUAAUGCCAAAAUGAGGUGGGAUGUGUGUGUGUUUUCUCUGUGUUUUUUGAUGAAAUAAAGGGUGUGAAAGAGUGAACUCUGGGAGCUUUGGUUUUAUGUAUCACCCUUCCCCCCUCCCCCCCCCCCCCCCCCGCACACACACACUAGAAAUUCCCCACAAAAAGUCUCUUAGUCUCAGAGUUUCUGCAAAAACUCAGCCUGAGACACUCCCAGGUCAUGGGGAAUUUGAAACUGCAUCUGGAAUCUUUGUUGUACUACUGCAGCUAUAUGCUGAUUAUGUUGCUGCUGCUGUUUUAGUUUAUUUGGGUUUUUGUUUAAACCCAUUUAUUUUGACUAAUAAAAGUCUGUCAGAUGCAUAAAGCA